AUGACGACAGCUGACGCUGUGAGAAAGCGCCAUAAGGGCAGCUCCAGUGGAGCCCGGGCAGGGGUGAAAGACCAAGCGAAAGAGCCGGUGCAGUGGGGAAGAGCAUGGGAGGUGGAUUGGUUCUCUCUGACAGGUGUGAUCCUGCUUCUGUGCUUUGCCCCCUUCAUCGUCUUCUUCUUCAUCAUGGCAUGUGAUCAGUACCAGUGCUCCAUCAGCCACCCGUUACUGGACCUCUACAACGGCGACACCACCCUGCUCACCAUCUGGAGCCGUGCUCCUUCCUUCACGUGGGCUGCUGCCAAGAUCUACGCAGUCUGGGUCACAUUUCAGGUGGUGCUGUACAUGUGCGUUCCAGAUAUCAUGCAUAAGAUUCUUCCAGGUUAUGUGGGAGGAGUGCAGGAUGGUGCUCGAACACCAGCAGGUCUGAUUAAUAAGUAUGAAGUCAACGGUCUGCAGUGCUGGAUAAUCACUCAUGUUUUAUGGGUGGCUAAUGCGCAAUACUUCCACUGGUUUUCUCCAACCAUCAUCAUUGAUAACUGGAUCCCUCUCUUAUGGUGCACCAACAUCCUCGGCUAUGCCGUGUCCACUUUCGCCUUCAUUAAGGCUCAUCUGUUCCCUACCAACCCAGAGGACUGUAAAUUCACAGGCAACAUCUUCUACAAUUACAUGAUGGGAAUUGAGUUCAACCCUCGCAUAGGAAAAUGGUUUGACUUUAAGCUUUUCUUCAACGGCCGGCCGGGUAUCGUGGCAUGGACCCUGAUUAACUUAUCCUAUGCUGCUAAACAGCAGGAGCUGUACGGAUAUGUGACAAACUCUAUGAUCCUGGUCAAUGUUCUGCAAGCCAUCUAUGUGUUGGAUUUCUUCUGGAACGAAGCCUGGUACCUCAAGACUAUAGACAUCUGCCAUGAUCACUUUGGCUGGUACCUGGGCUGGGGAGACUGCGUGUGGCUUCCUUUCCUCUACACACUACAGGGCCUUUACUUGGUCUACAACCCCAUCCAGCUUUCUACGCCUCAUGCUGCAGGUGUCCUCAUCCUGGGUCUGGUGGGAUACUACAUCUUCCGCUCAACCAACCACCAGAAAGACCUUUUCCGUCGCACAGAGGGUAACUGUAAAAUCUGGGGUAAGAAGCCAACCUUCAUCGAGUGUUCAUACCGAUCGGCCGAUGGCGGGAUUCACAAGAGCAAACUGAUGACCUCUGGGUUUUGGGGGGUGGCUCGUCACAUGAACUACACGGGCGACCUGAUGGGCUCCCUGGCGUACUGCUUGGCCUGCGGUGGUGGGCACUUGCUGCCCUAUUUUUACAUCGUCUACAUGACCAUCCUGCUGGUGCACCGCUGCAUUCGUGAUGAGCACCGCUGCAGCAACAAGUACAGCAAGGACUGGGAGCGCUACACCGCAGCCGUGCCCUACCGUUUACUGCCUAACAUCUUCUAGAGCACUUGGCCAUAUACCAGCCUGCUUUUCAACCAUGUACAGAAAAGCAGUUUAUCUUGUUAUUUUAUGUGGCUGCUCAUACUCAUUUUACAGUUGGCUUUUUAAUCUUUUUAUGAGAGUGUGAAUGGUAGAUUACAAAGAAUAUUUUGCCCUUUAGUGAGUGUGAGUGUGGAUGUACUUUACAUGAAUACAUAAGUGCAAGAAUAUCAAGGUGACACAACACUGCAUUAAAGAAUGACAUUUGAAAAAGCUUUUAAGAUACUGUGAUCAGCUCAAGUCUUAGUGUUCCUGUCUAGCUCAGUCUUACCCCCCCCCCCCAUUGUGUAGAGAUUGUUAUUCAUUAUUGCUCAGGAUGUAAAUAUACAAAAGUCUAUACAUUCAGAAAUGCUCAGACUACAGCUUACAUAUGUAUUCUUAUUUUUUCUACCAGCCAAACUUCUGAAAUAAAAGUUUCCCACUUUCUCUU